AUGUUUGGAAAAGCUUACCAAUGUCAACUCCACGACUUCCUUCCCUGGUCGUCCUUGCCGAGGUGCUUUCUUCCAGCAGAAGCGGACUUGGUGACGCACUAUGAGACUUUGAUCAACGACUUUUUGGCAGCUGAUGCAAGCGUCAACAACGGUCAGGCAGCAUGUCUCUGGCCACAAAUUUUGGCUAUGUGCUACCCGGCGCUUGCUUGCAAACCUCUGGUCCACAUGAUGCUCGCGCUUGUUUUCAGGGGUCUCAGAAACCAAGCAACUCAAUGCAGUGGGCAUGCGCUGGACUUUGUUGAAGUCUUCUGUGGAGAAGGUUGGCUGACCUUUGAGAUGCUAUCGGCUGGCUGGAAAGGCUGCGGCUUCGACUAUGUUCACAGCACCUCGCAUGACCUUCACACAUCCCAAGGUGUCAGACUUAUCCUGGACUCAGUCUGCUGUAUUCGCAAGUUUGGUUUGUGCUGGCUUGCCACCCCAUGUAGCAGCUUCACUGUGAUGUGCCGCCAUCAGUCGGCACGUUUGCCUGAGAACGGAUACCUUGGACCAGAAGAUCCGUACCAGUUUGUGAAGGAUGGAAACGCCCUAAUGGAGUGCUCAGCGCUGGUCUACUUCGUGUGCUACCUGUUGUCAAUACAUGUGACCUUAGAGCAGCCUACAACUUCCGUCAUGAGCCUUUGCGCCUCGCUGAAGGGAGUGCUGUUCUUCACCAAUGCCGUGAGGUACAAGGUGUACAUGGGAGCUUACAAUGGGCCUACAGUGAAACCACUAGAACUGUGGUCGACUUGGCCAUGCAUAGGUGGUUUGGAAACAGGCCGUCCAGACAUGCCUGAGGCUGAAAGCCUGGUGUGUCGCUCUCGGUCUGGGUUCACUGGACGCAAGGAUCUUUUGCAGCAGAGCCAAAUAUAUACACAGGAAUUUGGCAGAGCUGUUGCUGAGAUUUGUACGAGAGAAUGGGCUUGA